CGGUUUCGCUAUAGUCAUAUUUAAGAUACGCCUUCAGUGUCAGGAAUGGUGCAUAUUACUUCCUUGAUGAUAGAGCGCGGUACACAAAUAGACAUAAUGAUGUAUACCGUGCCGUGAUGCACCAAUGUUUUACCGUCAUGUCUUCAUCAGUCACUAUUACACGGUCAAAAGAAGAAGAAAACUUUCUCAAUGUCGCUUUCAUGCUGUCUAAACAUUCACUCCAGGCACUUAGAUAUAUCGUUGAUAGAGAAAUUGACCCCGUUAGACUGCAGAAAGAAGUUUUCAAGCAUUUGAACAACAACAAGCUGGGUCGAUUAAGUCAAACCCAACAGAAAAUCUUAAAACCACCAAAAGGUGUGGAACUUCGAUCUGAACACCUGGAUAUAUCGUUAAUGACGUGCCUCCUGCGGCAUAUUGUUGGAAUGAAAAUUUGUGAUAACGUGGUACCAGUUCCAACUGACCGCAAUGAUGAAGCAGCGGUAUCUACAAUUAAAUUCUACCGAAAUAAAAUAGCACAUGCGACAUAUUUUAGCUUUCCAGAUUCAGAAUUCAAACAAAUUUGCGAUGAUGUCAUAAAGGCUGUGAAAAAGUUAAACCCAACAAUCGGAGCAGAAAUCGAGUCAUUCGGACAAGCUAAACAUCCUAGUAGGAAUCAAAUGGAAUUCUCAACAUCAUUGGUUGACGCAUGUCAUGAGGGAAAUAAGUCAUUGGUAGAAGUUUUAAUUCAAGAAGGAGUUCUAGUAAAUGAAGCGAAUCAUUCGGGUUUAACACCACUGCACAUAGCGUCACAUGAAGGUCAUACGAAUGUCGUUGAACUUUUGCUCAGUAAAGGAGCUACAGAAGUUGUAAAUAAAGGUAAUGAAAAUGGAUCGUCACCCUUACAUUUAGCGUCACACGAAGGUCAUUUACAAAUAGUUGAAUUGCUCUUACAAAAUGGAGCCAACGUUCACCAAGUUAAUAAUCUCAAAACAUCAACACCGUUACAUCUGGCAGUACAUGAAAAUCACAAAGAUGUGGUCGAACUUCUUCUUAAGAAUGGCGGAGUCGUAAAUGAACCCAACAAAAAUGGAUCUUCUCCGCUACACCUAGCUAGUUACAACGGCCAUACAGAGAUUGCAAAGCUGCUUUUAGAAAAUGGUGCAGACGUUAAUCAAAGUAAAUCCGAUAACAGAUCGCCUUUACACCUUGCCUGUAGGGAAGGCAGAGUGGAUAUAGUUCGAUUAUUGUGCGAACAUAAAGCUUGCGUCGAUCAGAAAGACAACGAUGGUCGAACAGCUUUAUUUUACGCGGAAAAAAAUAAACGAUCAGAAAUAAUUGAAAUCUUGCAGAAAGAUCUCCUUCUGAAAGUAUAAAUCGAUUAUUCCAACUUCAUUGUAGAGGCGUUCAUGUUGAUUAUAUUAAUCAUCAUAUAAAUAAAAUGAGAAGUGGGUCCCAUGUCACUCAGUCAAAAGGAAUUAAACAACAGCAAACUAUCUAGAAGACAGCAUACUUUAGUACAAACUAGUAUUUCAACAAAAGAUGUAAUUCAAUCAGAUACUCCUUGUUAAUAUCUUGUUCCAAAUAUAGAAUAUUGUCAAAUAAA